AUGGAGAUGCCCUGUGGCCUGAAGAGGAAGAUGAAGAGGAAGCACCUGUGCUCAGGGCUGCCUGUGUACCACGAGGCCUUCACUCGGCUGCUCGAGGAUCCAGUUAUCAAGAUCUUCCUAGCCUGGGAUGAAAACCUGAGGGCCUCUGACAAGUACCUCCUGGCCAUGGUCAUCGCCUACUUCAGCCGGGCCGGCCUCUUCCCCUGGGAUUACCAGAGGAUCCACUUCUUCCUGGCCCUAUACCUGGCCAACGACAUGGAGGAGGAUGACCAGAUUCCUAAACAAGCCAUCUUAUUGUUUCUCUACACCUGGAAUUUGAAAAAGGUUCCCCAGUUCCACAAGCUGCGCUACCAAUUCAUCUGCUACAUGGACUGGAACCUCAGGGUGACCCGAGAGGAGUGUGAAGAAAUCCAAGCGUAUGACCCUGCACUCUGGGUGUGGAGCCGAGAUCGCGCCCUCAUCCCUGGACCCUGGAACCCUGUGGACAGUGCCCUCAAGAAGAUCUCUGGCCCAGGAAGCAAUGAAAUACACUCAUCACCGUAUAUGCCUGAGAGCUGGGAACCCAUGGAGGUGGAACCAUAAGGGAUGAGAUUUUCUACAGCGCCUUGCAAAUCCUCAUUCAAACUUCCCUUGAAUUAGAAGUUGAAUAUCUGCUGUUUUAUACAUUUGGUUCCCUGUAACCUGGACAAUCAUUGAAGAUGGCCUGUAGAGUCUCCUAUUGAGUGGAAAUCAUUUGAAAUAUAAUGACAGAUCCAUAGGCAUGUUGCAGAUUUCUUUAGUAUAUAGUAUAAGCCAUAUCAGUUUGCUGUAAACAUUUUGCCCAUUGAAAUGUUACUAUGUAUAUUUGAUAUAAUAUUGAGAUUUUUUUAGUCGUAUUCUUGUACUAUUUUGAUAGAUAAUUUUAAUGGAUGGUUGUACAUAUAUACUUUGUCUUUUAGAGAGGUUUAUACCUUAAUUACUAUAGUUAUGCAGACAUUGUACUCAUAGCCGGGGGCUGUGAGCCGGGCCCUCAAACUCCUGUAAAUAUACACAUUGAGCGGGUUGGCUCCUGAGUCUGACACAUGAAGGAGCGGUGGGUGUAGAGGAAACGCGUGUGCUCCUCGUGUUCCACACAGGACCGAGCCAGGCAUUUCUCACGGAUGGAAAAUAAAGAUGAACUGUCAU